CACUACGUCUGAAACAGAGCAUUCCAUUUUCUCACUCUUCAUCUUCCCCAUGCCUCCGCCGCCACUCAUCUUCUUGCUACUUCCUAUUUAACUUAUUUUAAUUUCCCAUCUGAUAUUAAUUCCUCGCUCUCAGUCUGGUUAUGGAGAAAAGAGCAUUAUCCACUAGCAACGGUCAAAAAGGCACGGCGGACCAGAUGCUUCUUCCUCCAGGUUUUCGUUUCCACCCCACAGAUGAGGAGCUCAUCACCUACUACCUCUCAAAUAAGUUCGUAGACUCACGAUUCAAAUCCCUUGCAAUCGGUGAAGUUGACCUCAACAAGUGCGAGCCAUGGGAUCUUCCCAAGCAUGCUAAGCUGGGAGAAAAAGAAUGGUAUUUCUUCUGCGUUAGGGAUCGAAAGUACCCUACUGGCCUUCGAACGAAUCGGGCCACUGUAGCUGGCUACUGGAAAGCUACAGGUAAGGAUAAGGAGAUUCACAGAGGGGAGCUGCUCGUUGGAAUGAAGAAAACCCUUGUUUUUUACACAGGAAGAGCGCCGAGAGGAGAGAAGAGCAGUUGGGUCAUGCAUGAGUAUAGAUUGGAGGGGAAGUAUUGCAUCAACAGCCUGCACAGAGCUGCUAAGAGUGAGUGGGUAAUCUGCAGGGUUUUCAAAAAGAGCUCACUUGGGAAUGCUUUCGGGAUGGGAAAAAUGGCUUCUUCCUCCUUUGGAGAAGAGAUUGAAGAUUCUCCUCCUCCUCCUCCUCCUCCAAAUACUCUUCCGCCAUUAAUGGACAUCCCAACUCACGUGCCCUGCUUCUCCAAUGGUAUGGAGGGCCAAAAAGCCCAUGACCAAGAUAUGUCCUCUCUCUUCUUCUCCAAUCUCAUUCCGAUGCCCACCUCUCUCUAUGACGGAAGCUUCAUGAGCUUGUUUGAAAGCCAUGGCUUUGAUGAGAAGUAUGGAUGUAAGAAGGAUCGAGACAUGCUGAACUUCUCAGACGAGAUUGGCCUUGCCGCUGAAAUGAACGCCCAGAUUUACUGUGACAACGAAUUCGGGAGGAGUUCUUUUGAGAACUGCCUUUGGAAUUGCUGAACGAUUCCUGUUGGGAGAUCUCUUUGUAGUUUUUGUAUGAGCCUGUGGUAUCUCUAUUACGCUUAUUUCCUUCGCUUUGAAAAAUAAGAUUGCGAUUGUUGCGUCUGAGAAUUGUAAUUGGUUUAAUCUUCUUGUUCAGAAAAUAUUGAGCUUUU